AUGUCAGCCAAGGUCAAGAAUCUUAUGAGUGCGGCGCACACUGCAGGCAUCUUUGCCGAUAUUGCAGUGGACGGCCCAGAAAUCGGAACCCUGGUCGCUAUCGUCGAUCGAGCCAAAAAUCUGCCGAAUCGCAAGACGAUCGGAAAGCAAGAUCCCUAUUGCGCAGCCAGGUUGGGAAAGGAAGCCAGGAAGACAACAACCGAUGUUCGUGGUGGACAAACACCAAAAUGGGAUCAAGAGCUACGAUUUGCGGUUCAUGACUGUCCAGAUUACUAUCAACUCAAGCUAUCUAUUUUCACAGAUGAUAAACGAACAGACUUGAUUGGCGAGUCAUGGAUCGAUUUGAGAUCGAUUAUUGUUCCUGGCGGUGGACAGAACGAUUUUUGGCAAACAUUGACCUGCAAAGGCAAAUACGCUGGCGAAAUCAGAGUUGAAAUCACCUUCUACGACUCUCGACCAAAGCCCGACAAGCCGGUAGCGAAACCAAAGCAAAUUGCAGCAGCUGAACCAGAUCAAGGAUCUAUAUCCCACUCGGGCAGUUUUGUCCCAAGUCAAUCACCUCUACAAGUUGUCGAGUAUAAUACUCCGCCUUCACUCUCUUCCCGUCAUCAAACAGAACAGUAUUCCACAUCCCCACAUGCGCAUAUGCCGCAGGAAUACACAACCCCGACCCGCGGAGAGGCGACUCGUCCGUCUCGAAGGUCAAUGAUCGCUUAUGAGGAACCUCGACAGUACGAUGACCGAGAGUAUAGCCCCAGAUACGCUUCUCAACAGGAGCAAAUGGAUCCCCGCGGCCAUUACACCCCCCAGCAAGACUUCUAUGAGCAAUCACCUGCAUUAUUAGAUGACCCAAGGCAGUACUCUCCAGUAGAGAAUGAGCGACCUCCGCCACCACCCGCACACCGGAUCAGAGGGAACAGUUCAGGGCAAGAGCUUGUGCCAAGAAGAAGCAUGGAGACGUCGCCAAAUAAGCUUCCACAGAUGAGACAUGACGUUCUGAGACACGAGGCCCAGAGACAGCAGAUGGUGCCUUACCCCGGACGUCCAGCUUUCCGGGGUUAUGAUUCAGCCCCCGCUACUAACCAAGCCUCUUCUCCAAACUCGAACGCCUAUGAUGGUAUGCCGAGACACAGCUCUUACGAUGCGAGCUAUGACCCUCACUAUCGAUCUAUGCAGCCCACAGUUGAGGAUGUGCCUGAUGCUUCUGGUGUAUCAGCGCAAAAGUAUGCUCAGAAUGGCUCACAGUUCCAACGUUCUGAUGAGCUUUGUUUCGACGAAAACCCAAGCCCUGCGCCUCUGGUUUUACGACGGUCGCCUGCCCCAGCUCAAUACCAAGACGAUUAUUCACCAACUCAUUCUCCAAGAGGGUACCAGAAUCCUGAGGACUGGCAAGUUGCUUUGCCAUCGUCUCAUGGUCGAAGCUACUCUAGGAGCCCUGUUGAUAACGGUUACUACUCACACAAUGGGCAAGGCAAUUAUGCAGGCCAUCCAGCUGAUAUGAACUCUUCGCAUAUGCAGAGUCCGCACAAUUAUGCGGCUCCAGCACCCCCGGCGGCUCUUGUGCCAGGAUUGGACGCAAGUCAGUCACAAGAACUGACAAACCUUAUCUACGAGGACCGUCGGCACGACCGAAGGCAACACUCUCAGAGCAUGUCUAGCAUACCUCCUCGAGGACGUCCUAGGAAUGAGUCCUUGCAAGGAUACAACCAGCCACCACCUGACCAAGGGUAUGGGCAGCCACCACCUGAGCAUGCGUAUGCAGUCCAGCCUUACAACCGACGCGCCAUCACUUACAACCCACCGGAACAACAAAUUGUGAAGCACCGGGGCGUCUCUCCUGACCCGCGUACUAGCCCGAACCCGCACCACAGAAUUAAGCGCAAGUCAGUCAGUCCUGCGCCUCCUCCACUUGAAGACCAGAGGAGGAAGUCAGAUAUUCCUUUUGGACCUGAUUCAUAUGACGCCCUCAACCCCAGUCUUGUCUCAUCGAAAAGCGGAAAAAGCCCUUCGCCGGUUUUUAUGGACGAUGAACCAAAGAAGAUCAUCACAUAUGAUGGGCGAGAGAUCGACCCCUCCGAUCAUCUUCCUAUGGAGACGUGGGCACCUGAACCAGAGACAAAGAAGCCAAUGUCUGGCAGCGAAACACGUUCAAGACCUCAAUUGUCAGGAGUUAAGCCAAUGCCUCCCAGCAACCGGCGGGCCCCACGCAGUGGACGUCACUCGAUGUCUGCUGUGAACACGCCAUAUUCGUUCGGUGAUGAAGCUCGCACACCUCCUCAAGCUGGCCGCACUCGCCUCCAGAAGCGAACGAACCGAAUAUCAGCGGACAACUCUCCAGCGGCUUCAAGCCCACUGGCACCAAUUUCUAAGGACAAUUACCAAGAGAGGACACCGUAUGGUAACGCUUCGCUUCGCGGAUUGCCUCGUGCGGGCACAUGGGAUUUUGAGGAUGAGAACCGUGGUGUCUAUGGAGGACCACCGAUUCCAGCCAAGAUUCCUAUGCCAACGAUGAGCGGGGCAAACGGAACUGGCCAAGAAUUGGCACUGGUGCACGAGAUGCAACGUAUUGAUAUUGGGACAGGCAGGUCCCGAAGAAGGGGAGGAUAUUAG